AUAUAAUCUCAGGGAGGGUCCUCGCCGGCUACAUCAACCGAAACAAUCUAGGUAUAGGCUUCUCCUUCCCCAUUCCAGCGAGACACGCAGCUUUCUAAAGAAUUCGCCGGAAGCUUACACCGCCGAUUCCAGUGAGUCACGCAGCAGUCAGGGUCGUAUCAACAAGCAUGGAUUCACAUAUUAAGGUAUUGGUGCGUGUCAAUGGAACGUGGGAUACCCAUGGAAAUUUCAGUUCAAAGUACGACACUAUUAUCGAUGUCCGUUGCGAGACCACUCUAAAUUCACUCAUGGACACUGUUAAAGCACACAUUCCUAUGGACUGGUCUCAAAAUGAUGUGCGUUUAUCUUACAUGGUUGCCUUGUGUCCACCGCCUAUCGUUAUUUCGGAUGAUGCUGAACUGCUCUUCUACCUGAGGUUGAAGUCUUACCAAAACGACAUGUCAUACCUGCCAUUAUGCAUGGAGGUUUUACCUACUGAUCCAGUACGUGACGUGUUUGCUCAAGACAUUUCCUCAUAUGAUGUUGUUCCAGCCAGUAACACGUGUUACACUACACAAACUCUGGCGUGCACUCCCGACGUAACGGGCCAAAGCAACACAAACAACAUGUCCAGCAAAACCUUUAAUGGCAUCAUUGAUCCCUCCAACAGUAUGAAAAGAACCAAUCGAACCAAACGCAGGAGACCUUCUGCAAAACCAGAUGAUGUAAUUUCACACUAUCACCCGACCACUCUUCAACUUGACAGCAUUUAUAAGUCCAAGGAAGACUUAUGCCACCAUCUGCAAAUGUAUGCCGUAUCUAAUAGCUUUCAGUACAAGACAAAGCGGUAGAAUAGGUCCGUGUUGCACGUUGACAUAAUUUGAAAUCCAAAACCCCCGAAAUUCAAAUUAAUUAUAUAAACCCCAACAUGAAACAACAACGAUACCUAGAUACACGCAUGCAUACUGCCAAAAUUGUAUCUUUAGCAAACUUAAAUCACAAAAACACACUGCCAAACCCUACCUUGACCUUCACCAUACGCUUAAUCAGUGGAAUUUCAUCCAUUGCAUCAUCCGCUGACAAUGCAUGACCAUCACUGUUCAAAGCCUCCUCGUUCGCCAUUGCUAUCCUCACACUGCGCCUUCUCGCCGGAACCGAACUUCCAGGGGUCGCAAUCUCCGUAGACUUCAUGUCUCUCGCGCCUAAUAUGGGGAAGUGCGAAACAGCAGCCGGAUUUUUCGACCUCAAAAACCGGGAAGCAUGCAACAGCUAAAAAAGCGUAUCCGGCGCCUGAUUAUCCUCCUCUGAAAUCGUAACAUCCACUGCCAGCAUCAAACCAAUAAAUCUAAUUUUUUUAA